CUUGGUUUAUUCUGAACGAUUUUACGUCGCGAUCGAGAGUAAUUUAUCUCAUCAUUCAGUCGUACUUAAUAUUUUGAUGUGUGAAGUACUCUAGUGAACGGUGUAAACGAACAUACUGUGAAUUUUUAAAUUAUAAUGGAUACAUCUGACGACGUAAAUAUAUUGAAAAUUCUCUUUGAAGAAGAAGAUGAUGAUGACGUUUUGCUCUUGUAUUUGUCAGAAGAAAAAAGAAAAGGCCAUGAUCAAUUAUUUACAAAGAGAAGUACGGAAGGUUAUUAUGAAAUACUAAUCAACGGUCAUUUAAAAAAUAAUGAAAUCAAAUUUCGAGAAUUUUUUAGAAUAAAUCGUAAUCAGUUUGAUUUUAUUUUAAAUUUAAUAAGAGACGACCUAGCCUUAAAUCCGACUUUUUUUAUAAGGAAACCAAUAACACCAGAGGAAAAAUUGGCAGUUACAUUAAGAUAUUUAGCUUCUGGAGAAACGUACCGUUCGCUGUCUUUUGCUUUUCGCAUAUCACACAGCUAUAUUAGUAUUAUUAUAAAAAAUACAUUAAAAUCUAUGAAAAUGCAUCUGUUACCAAUUUGUAUACCUAAUCCAAGUAAAUUAAAUAUGAAAGAUAAGGCUAAUGAAUUUUGGACAAGAUGGAAUUUUCCAAAUUGCAUAGGCGCUAUCGACGGUAAACACAUUCGAAUGAAGUGCCCAAAAAAUACCGGUUCAUUGUAUUUUAACUACAAAGAAUAUUUUUCUCUAGUCUUAUUGGCCCUAGUUGAUGCAAAUUGUAAAUUUUUAGUAAUUGAUGUUGGGUCCUAUGGUAAAGAAGGAGACAGUGGCAUAUUUGGAAAAUCAAAAAUGGGACAACAAAUUUAUUCUGGAGAUUUUAAUUUCCCAGAAGAUGAAAAACUACCAGGCACUGAUAAUUCGACACCAUUUGUAAUUGUUGGUGAUGAAGCAUUCAGACUACAUAAAAAUAUUAUGAAACCCUUUUCUAGAUCUUCAGCUAGACAAGAUAGAGCUAAAACUAUUUUUAAUUAUAGGCUGAGUCGUUGUCGAAGAGUGACAGAAAAUGCAUUUGGAUUACUAGCACAAGUUUUUCGAGUAUUUAAUACUGCAAUAGCAAUUGAUGUCGAAGUAUGUGACGAUUUAAUAAUUGUUGCAUGCUGUUUGCACAAUUUAUUGAGAGAUGCAUUUUUAGAAAAAAGUAAUAAAAUUUACUACGAAUAUGAUGAAGGGCAAACUUUUGAGAUGGGUAGUUUAAGAAGUGGAGGUGGCUUUGCAAGUGCAGAUGGUUUUGAUGUGAGGGAAAAGUUUAAACAAUUUUUUAUUCACGAAGGAACUGUCCCAUGGCAAAAUCAACAAAUUUCUAGAACAUCAUCAACCAAUACUGCUUUUAUCAACAAUCAAAUUUAAUUAUUUGAUACUUUCUAAAAAUAUACUUUGCCAUUUUUUAAAAUAAAUAUAUAAAUAUAUAAGUGUUU